GAGGAAAAAAAAUCAGAUGAAUCACCAGAACAACCCGGUGAUUUCUCCGAGGGAACAGAGGAGUUUGGAAGAGUGAUGAGCUCAAGGUACAAAAGGAGCAGAGAGGCAAGUGUCUGCUGAAGAGAAGGCUGCAGAGGAUGGCACAGGAGUUUGAAAAACAAACAAACAAACAAACAAAAAGGCACUUCUCGGGGCUGCUUUACCCAGCGGCGAUUAGGAAAGCAGGCGGGCAAGAACCGGUGGAUGGGACCUGCAAGCGCCCCAGGAUCCCGGGGACCCAGGAACGGGUGGGAAAUGACAUCAAUAGGAAAGGUUAGGCUCUCAGCGGGGCAGCGGCCUGGGGACCACCACCGGGACCGGAAGUGAGAUAGCGGAAGUCCCGCCCCGGAGGCGGUGCCGGGCGUGAGGGGAGUCGCGAUGGACGGGGAGGAGCUUCGCGGGUCCUCCUGGAGCCUUGGAUCUCUGACAGUUUUGCAGAACACUGAUAUCCAUGGAUUCUAACAUGGACUUCAUUUAAAGAAACCCACGGACCGUUAAUGGACAAAAACAUGAGUCAUUUUGUAUUGUGGCAUUCAAAUCCUAGCACUUUGGGAAAGGUUUUGGAUCCCUCUCUCACAUCAGAACUCCAUUCAGAUAAUCCUCUGAGUGUCAUCUCAGGGCCUCAGGCACACUCAUGGCACGAUGGCCGGCCCUCAGGAGCACCUGAGCUGCUCCUCCUCACCACACUUACCCUUGAGUGAAAACAAAACUUUCAAUGGACUGCAAGAUGAACUCCCACCCGAGGGGAGCCACCCUUCUCCCAAGCUCCUUAAGGACCAGCAGGACACAGGGGUGGUGCAAACGGAGCUAACGGAGGGCAUGAGCAGCCCCAUCACCACCACAGUGUUGACAAGUGUGAGCGAGGAUUCCAGGGACCAGUUUGAGAACAGCGUUCUUCAGCUAAGGGAACAAGAUGAAUCGGAAAUGGCCGUGUCUCAGGGGAACAGCAACCCUGUAGAUGGAGAGAGCAUGAGUGGAACAGAAGACAUCAAGAUCCAGUUCAGCAGGUCGGGCCACGGCAGUGGUGGGUUUCUUGAAGGACUAUUUGGAUGCUUAAGGCCUGUGUGGAAUAUCAUUGGGAAGGCGUAUUCCACUGAUUACAAAUUACAGCAGCAAGAUACCUGGGAAGUGCCAUUUGAGGAGAUCUCAGAGCUGCAGUGGCUGGGUAGUGGAGCCCAAGGAGCUGUCUUCCUGGGCAAGUUCCGAGCGGAGGAGGUGGCCAUCAAGAAAGUGAGAGAGCAGAAUGAGACGGAUAUCAAGCAUUUGAGGAAGUUGAAACAUCCUAACAUCAUCGCUUUCAAGGGUGUUUGUACUCAGGCCCCAUGUUAUUGUAUCAUCAUGGAAUACUGUGCCCAUGGACAACUCUACGAGGUUUUGCGAGCAGGCAGGAAGAUCACACCUCGAUUGCUAGUAGACUGGUCCACAGGAAUCGCAAGUGGAAUGAAUUAUUUGCACCUUCACAAAAUUAUUCAUCGAGAUCUCAAAUCACCGAAUGUUUUAGUGACUCACACAGAUGCAGUAAAAAUUUCAGAUUUUGGUACAUCUAAGGAACUCAGCGACAAAAGUACCAAGAUGUCCUUCGCUGGCACAGUCGCAUGGAUGGCGCCAGAGGUGAUACGAAAUGAACCUGUCUCCGAAAAAGUCGAUAUAUGGUCCUUUGGCGUGGUGCUGUGGGAGCUGCUGACGGGAGAGAUCCCUUACAAAGAUGUAGACUCUUCGGCCAUCAUUUGGGGUGUUGGAAGCAACAGCCUACACCUUCCAGUUCCUUCCACUUGCCCUGAUGGAUUCAAAAUCCUUAUGAAACAAACAUGGCAAAGUAAACCUCGCAACCGACCUUCGUUCCGGCAGACACUCAUGCAUUUGGACAUUGCGUCGGCGGAUGUUCUUGCCACCCCACAGGAAACUUACUUCAAGUCUCAGGCUGAAUGGAGAGAAGAAGUGAAGAAACACUUUGAGAAGAUCAAAAGUGAAGGGACGUGUAUACACCGCUUGGAUGAAGAGCUGAUUAGAAGACGCCGAGAAGAGCUCAGGCAUGCUUUGGAUAUUCGUGAACACUACGAGAGAAAACUUGAGCGGGCUAAUAAUUUAUACAUGGAGCUGAGUGCCAUCAUGCUGCAGCUGGAAAUGCGGGAGAAGGAGCUCAUCAAGCGUGAGCAAGCCGUGGAAAAGAAGUAUCCUGGGACCUACAAGCGGCACCCUGUCCGUCCAAUAAUCCACUCCAAUGCCAUGGAGAAGCUCAUGAAAAGGAAAGGCGUGCCUCACAAACCUGGGGUGCAGACCAAACGGCCAGAUCUGCUGCGAUCAGAGGGCAUCCCCAGCGUGGAGGUGGCUCCCGCUGCGUCCCCUCUGUCCGGAAGCCCCAAAAUGUCCACCUCGGGCGGCAAGAGCCGGUAUCGGAGCAAACCACGCCACCGCCGGGGGAACAGCCGAGGCAGCCACAGUGACUUCGCAGCAAUCUUGAAAAACCAGCCAGCCCCCGACCACUCACCCCACUCCACGUACCCGCACCAGGCUCCAUCCCAGCACCCCUCUCUGCAGCAGCAGUACCAGCAGCCCCCACCCGCCCCGUCUCAGAGUCACCACCCCAGGCUCCCUGUGCACGGCCAGGACAUUGCCACCUGCGCCAACAACCUGAGGUACUUUGGCCCCGCGGCCGCCCUGCGGAGCCCGCUCAGCAACCACGCUCAGAGACAGAUGCCUGGCUCCAGCCCUGACCUCAUCUCCAUGGCCGUGGCAGCAGACGGCUGGAGAAGUUCUGAGCCGGCCCAGGGCCAGGCCGGCCCCUGGGGCUGCUGCCAAGCUGACCCCUAUGACCCCUGCGUCCAGUGCAGGCCGGAGCAGUGCGGGCCCCUAGACGGUCCCUUUGCUGAGCCGGUGGGGAGUCCCGACCUUUUCAAGUCACCAGCACACAAUCUCCUCUCAGAAAACGCCCAAGGUUCUGAGAAAAUGGAAGAAAAUGAGUUCAAUGGCUGUAGGUCUGCCUCGUCCCCGGGCGUCCCUCAUCACAUCACCCCACCAGCGCUACCUCGAAAAACAAGGCCCCUUCAAAAGAGUGGAGAUGAGUCCUCAGAAGAGGAAGAAGGGGAAGUGGAUAGUGAAGUUGAAUUUCCGAGAAGACAGAGGCCCCAUCGCUGCAUCCGAAGCUGCCAGUCGUAUUCAACCUUCAGCUCUGAGAACUUCUCUGUGUCCGACGGUGAGGAGGGAAACACCAGUGACCACUCCAACAGUCCUGAUGAGUUUGCUGAUAAACUGGAAGACCGCCUGGCGGAGAGGCUGGACGACCUGCUGUCCCAGACGCCGGAGAUUCCCAUCGAGAUCUCCUCGCACUCAGACGGGCUCUCCGACAAGGAGUGUGCCGUGCGCCGCGUGAAGACACAGAUGUCUCUGGGCAAGCUGUGUGCGGAGCAGCGUGGCUAUGAGAAUCCUAUGCAGUUUGACGAAUCGGACUGUGACUCUUCAGAUGGGGAGUGUUCUGAUGCCACAGUGAGGACCAAUAAACACUACAGCUCUGCUACUUGGUAAUGAGAGGACACCCAUCCUGAAGAUGACGUGACAAUACUGAUGUUUCAGAUCCGCCCCACCCGAUUCCUCCCGCUCUCUCCCUGCCUUUUUGUCCGGGAAGAGAGCUGCCCCGUCUUUCUUACCCCUAGAAAUAAGCUGCAAUAACAGGAACAUGAGACUUUGCAAAUCUCUGGAAAAAAAAAUAUCCAAAUGAAACUAAGUCUCACUGAACAUUUCAAUCAAGAAUGGCAGGGAUCUAUUUUAUUGAAUAUUCUAGCUACUGUAACAUUGAUAUUUAUUUUUGUUUGACAUUUUAACACUUUGUACUGUAAAGAUUGAACUAUAUAUGAUAGAGAGAGAGA